AUGGCGUCAGAGACGGCCCUGAAGGCGCCCAUCCCUGGCCAGCGCAACAUACUCAUCACCAGCGCCCUGCCCUACGUCAACAAUGUGCCCCAUCUGGGUAACAUCAUUGGCUCAGUGCUGAGUGCGGAUGUGUACGCUCGCUUUACUCGUGCACGUGGCUACAACACGCUCUUCGUGUGCGGCACAGACGAGUAUGGGACCGCCACCGAGACCAAGGCGCUGGAGGAGGGCCUGACCUGCCAGGAGAUCUGCGACAAGUACAAUGCCAUCCACACCGACAUCUACCGCUGGUUUGACAUCUCCUUCGACAAGUUUGGGCGCACCCCGACCGCGGCGCAGACCGCCAUCGCCCAGCGCAUCUUCCUGGACCUGCAGGCGCGGGGGCUGCUGCACGAGCGAACCACCGAGCAGCUGUACAGCGAGGCGCUCGGCAAGUUCCUGGCGGAUCGCUACGUCAUCGGCACCUGCCCCAAGUGUGGCUACGAGGAUGCCCGCGGCGACCAGUGCGACAAGUGCGGCGCGCUGCUGAACCCCACAGAGCUUCUGAACCCGCGCUGCGCCAUCACCAAAACUGUGCCGGUGCUUCGGGAGACCAGGCACAUCUUCCUGGACCUACCUCGGCUCAGCGAGCAGGUGCAGGCCUACAUCGACGCCACCAGUGAGGUGACCAAGGCCUGGAUGAAGCAGGGCCUGAAGGACAGGAGCAUCACCCGGGAUCUGAAGUGGGGAACCCCUGUCCCUCUGGAGGGCUUUGAGAACAAGGCAAGUCGGCGCCCUCGGGGAGUGUUUUAUGUGUGGUUUGAUGCACCCAUCGGCUACAUUUCCAUCACUGCAAACUACACAGACGACUGGGAGGCCUGGUGGAAGAAUCCGGAGGAAGUUGAGCUGGUGCAGUUUAUGGGCAAGGACAAUGUGCCCUUCCACACUGUCAUCUUCCCCGCCACGCUCCUUGGCACCGGGGACAAGUGGACCAUGAUGCGUACCAUCUCGGUCACCGAGUACUUGAAUUACGAGGACGGGAAGUUCUCCAAGAGCCGCGGUGUGGGCGUAUUUGGGAACGACGCCAAGAACACCGGGAUUCCAUCUGAGGUCUGGCGCUACUACCUGCUUGCCCUCCGUCCAGAGACAUCUGACGCAGUCUUCCAGUGGGAUGAUUUUGUGGCCAAGAACAAUGCUGAACUGAAUGACAAUCUGGGUAACUUCAUCAAUCGCACCCUGAAGUUUAUCACUGCCAGAUUUGAGGCCAAGGUGCCCGGGGUCAAGCAGGGCAGUGUCUAUGAGGCCAUCGACCAGCUGGGCCAGCGUGUUGCCGGCCUCGUCGAGCAGUACCUCCAGAGCAUGGAGGCGCAGCGCAUGAAGGACUCCCUGAAGAGUGCCAUGCUCGUCUCCAAGGCCGGCAACGCGUUCUUCCAGGAGACUGAGAUCUGGGUGGCCUACAAGUCCGACCGGGAUGCGGCGGCGGCUUACAUCUCCGCCUGUGGCGGCCUGGUCCUGCUGCUGGCCUCCCUGCUGGAGCCAUUCAUGCCGGCCUUCACCGCCGCCGCGCUUUCCCAGCUGGGGGUCGACAAGGUGCUGCCGUUGGACAACGGGAUCGUGGCGAGCAGCCGCAGCCCAGCCACCAUCCUGCCAGCCGGACACGCCCUGGGCUCGGAGGCGGUGCCCCUGUUCCGCAAGAUCACCGAGGAGGAGGCGGCGGGCCUGAGGGUCAGGUUUGCCGGGAACCAGGCGGAGCGGGAGGCCUCUGACGCCGCCGAGGCCGCGGCAAAGCUCACACUCGGCGAGGAGAAGGCCCCCGCCGAGGCCCCCGGCAAGAAGGUCAAAAACAAAAAGGCAGCGCCCGCCGACCCCGCCACCAAUCGGCCGGUGGACGUGUCGCGCGUGGAUCUGCGGGUGGGGCUCAUCAAGAAAGCGUGGAAGCACCCGGGUGCAGACAGCCUAUAUGUUGAGGAGGUGGAUCUGGGCGAGGAGACGACAAGGACGGUGGUGUCUGGCUUGGUGAAGCACAUCCCAGAGGCAGGCAAGUUUUCUGGGGCGUGGGCGUGGGAGUGGUGA